GCUGGUGGCCACAGUUUCGCCACACGGAGUGAAAGGGCUAAGAAAGUGACGAAGGCUUCAUGUAGGGGGGAUUCAAGAAGGCUCGAGGAUUGUUUUUUUUGGUGUUAAAGAGUGGCACACCAAAGACUUACUGAAUCACAGCCAAAAUGCUUUGCCACGUUACUCGUCCGGACUCGGUGGUGAUGGAAGUGGAAGUUGAUGCGAAGGCGAACGGUGAAGACUGUCUGAAUAAGGUUUGCAGGAAGUUGGGCAUAAUUGAAGUGGACUACUUUGGGCUGCAGUUCACAGGCAGCAAAGGAGAGAACCUGUGGCUGAAUCUGAGGAAUCGCAUCUGCCAGCAGAUGGAUAAUGUGACGCCCUGUCGGCUGAGGCUGCGGGUGAAGUUCUUUGUGGAGCCCCAUCUCAUUCUGCAGGAACAGACGAGACACGUCUUCUUCAUGCAUGUGAAGGAGGAUCUCCAUAAUGGUCACCUGCGUAUGGGCUCCGAACAAGCAGAGGAGCUGAGUGCACUCCUGGCACAAGCCGAAUUUGGUGACUACAACCAAAAUACAGCCCAGUACUGGUAUUCAGAGCUGUGUGGAGAGGAGCCAAGCCCUGCCACCGUCAACAGUAUCAUAUCUAGACACAAGGCUCUGGAGGGUUCGGGCCAGGGCUCAGUAGAGUAUCAGGCCCUGCAGCUGGUCUCAUCUCUGGAGCAUUAUGGUGUGGAGUGGCACUGGGCUCGCGACGCAAACGGCCAACGGCUAGCAAUAGGAGUCGGUCCGGAGGGCAUCGCUGUUUGCAAGGAGGACUUCAGCUUAGUCAACAGAGUAAGCUAUCCCAUCAUUCAGAUUGCCACCCAAUCGGGGAAAACUGUUUACCUAACAGUUACCAAGGAUACAAAUGAGAGUGUGGUGCUCUUGUUCAAGCUGAUCAGUAACCGGGCAGCCAGUGGCCUUUACCGGGCCAUCACAGAGACUCAUGCCUUCUACAGGUGUGACACAGUUACGAAUGCAGUGAUGAUGCAGUACAGCCGAGACUUCAAGGGCCACCUGGCUUCACUUUUCCUCAACGAAAACAUCAACCUGGGCAAGAAGUAUGUUUUUGACAUCCGACGUACCUCCAAGGAAGUGUACGACCACGCCCGUCGCGCCCUCUACAACUCUGGCGUGGGGGAUCUGGUGUCCCGCUCUGGCAGCGGGGAACGCUCCUCUCCUUCACGCUCCCCAAGCCGGGACAACCAGCAGGAUGAGGGGCUGGACUGUGGGAGCUGCCAACAGAGCCGAGCCCUGCAGGAUAGGCUGCAGAAGCUUCGAGAAGCUUUGUUGUGCAUGCUGUGCUGCGAGGAGGAGAUCGAUGCUGCAUUCUGCCCAUGUGGCCAUAUGGUGUGCUGCCAGACCUGUGCAAAUCAGCUUCAGUUGUGUCCUGUGUGUCGUUCGGAGGUGGAGCACGUGCAGCACAUCUACCUGCCUACCUGCACCAGCCUGCUGAGCCUGGCGCUGACCGACAACCACCAACAACACCGUAGCAACAUCCCAGCACCCAUACACAGAGACAUGGCCUCUCCUGACAGCUGCUCCGCCACAGAGUACGAUCACAAGAUGUACCACACAUAAAGACAUUUCCACUACACCCACCCAACUCCACAAUGGACAUUUUGAAGCUAUACCAGCCAGAUUAAAGUUAAGGAACAUCUGGAUGUCUGACUACUCCAUGAACCUCCAAAAUGGAUAGAAACUCUGGAGCAUAAUCAGAGAUCAAUGCACUCAAGCCACUCCUCCAACUCAUGUCUGUGUGUGUUUUUUUAUUGUUCACUUUGUCUGGUUGGUUCUUAGUACUGUUGGUUAUGUUAAGACAGCUGAGUAACUCUGUCAAAAUCUUGUUUGUUUUUAAGCAGCUUAUCAACCCCUGCCACACAUUGGUUUUAGAUUAGGCUCUUAUUGUCCAUGUUAAGUAAAUUAUUGCAUCAGUUGACCUGAUACAAAAUAGAAACAUUCUUUUUGAAUGAUGUUUUGAAUUUGUGUUUUUGGUUUAUCUCCUUGGCUCCAUAAAAGGCUCCUAGCCCCAGAACCUGAACCAUAUGAUGACCCUAUGUGUUUUAGAAUAGCCAAUGGUUGUCGUCUUUUUUUUAAAGCCAUCUGACAUUUUAAAACGUAUCUAUUGGAUUUGAGGACUGAAUUUUAUGGUGUAACGGAGUGAGGUGAAUUUUUUUUAUAUUUUAUUGCUUUAUUGCUUUGUUUUUGUCAUGUUCCAUGUUUUCCAUGCCAAUGAGGAGGCUUUUAGAGGCGAAGCAGCAGUGCUCUGGGUAAAGAACUGUAUACUAAUGAGACACUGCAGGCAAGAAGGCCUCUGGCACUGACCAAUGGGUCAAAUGAGAGUCUUUAAGGUUCCUUUAGCCCACCAGAACUGUAUCUUGCUGACACUCCUCCACCUUGAAAUGGGUCUUGGUGAUUAACUGCCUAUUUGUCCAAAACAACAAGCCCUGUUUCAUAGACUGCAGCGCCUUUUAACAAUGUUAUCUCCAUGCCAACAGAAAGUUAGAAAGUAAGAGCAUAAAUGUUCUUUCUACUUGACGCCAAACAACAAGGUUAUCUACGAGAAAUAGUGAUUUGCCCAGCAGCAGCUGCUUCCCUCUGAAAGCCUCAGCUAUACAUUUCUUCUCCUUUUGAAUAUUUUUAAAGGGUACUAGGAGAUCCGUCUGUGCAAUACUUGCUUGCUUUUUGAAAAGCUUUUCAUUUUCGAUUUUUAUUUAAUUUCAAAGACUAUUUAAAAACUACAUUGUCACUUUACAAAGGAAGUUUUCCACAUCUGUAUGGGGUUUGGCCUUAAUGUAGCAGCAACACCAUGUUUAUGAUAAACUUUCCAGACUUUUUUCUAAAGAAAAGGAAAACUUAAUUUCUUUAUUGCUGACUCAGUUAAGCUCAGUGAAUACAGGGGAGGACUUUUAUUUUUCACAUUUUACAAGUAGCAACUUGUUUCUGUUUUCUGAAGCAAAAGCCACUAUGCUCUGUAUAUGAGAAUAACUUAGAAUUGAACCUUUUUAUAUAUAUAUUCUGCU